AUGGCCGUUGACUCGACAACCACCACCACUUUGACAUUUUCCUCCGUUACAAAAAAACACCAUGACACUCUUUACAUUUCCCAACGGGCAGCAAACUCCAUUAUAGCGAGUGUUGCGCCUUAUCGCAUUUCAUCUGAAGCACUACAGGCAAUAAACAACUUUCUUGAUGAAUUCUUGUACUUUCUCAUCGAUGCCGCGCAUUCUCUAGACCUGGUUCGAAUAAAAACGGCAAUCAGCACCGUGCUUCCAACCAGCGUUGGAAAAAGUGCCGUAUUAGAAGCAGAACUAGAACUAAAAACUUAUGUGGAGAGCGGAAAUUCAGAUAACACCAAAGAGCGAACAAUAGAAAUUACACCGUUUCCACUACAAAAAGUAUUUGAACAGUUUCGCGUCAAAUGUCAGCAUUAUAGUACACUGGGUGAACGAGAGGGUGGUGAUGACAUUGAGAACGCCGUCCCCGAUUUGUAUGCUACUUCGGACGGCAUACAUAUUGCGCCGAGUUUGGCUAUUUAUCUAACAGCCGUAUUGGAGUAUAUCGGGGAGAAUAUUUUGUUCCUGGUGGCGAAGACUUCGGAAAAACACAAGGUUGAAGUAGCGAAAGCUAGAGAGGUUUACACUGCUUUAUCGGAAGACCCACAGAUUUCUCCUUUGUUUUUUCGAAUGGAUCUUAAAUUACAAAUGGAGGCACAAAAUGGAUUUAAGACAAUAUCUAAAUAUGGAAUAACUGCUAGUGGUUCUUCACCAUAUCGUACUUCCAGCGAAUCCACGAAAUCAUCUCGUUCCGGAACACCACCAAAUAAACAACAUUGUCAUAAUGGAAGUGGAGAUAGAAAAGAAUUAUUAGAUGAAAAAAGUACUGGCUCAUCAUAUGGUCGAAUAAGCAUGGAACUUAAGAGUCCAAGGUCGAUCAAAAGUGUAGGAAGCUCUGGUGAAAAGGAAAGUGACAUGAAGAGUGUUUCUAGUUUGGAGGAAAGUUCUGAAAAGAUGAAAAGUUUUGAACAAUUAAUAAAUGGAUGCCAGACGAUGAAAGUUUCUUUAACACCAAAUCGCCUAAUAACUAUAGAGGCGCAUAAAAGACCACCAAAACUUGCACCUCGAGAAGCUGUUCCAAAGAAACGAACCAUUCAGCCAAAUGGGCUCACAUCUGGACCCACAUCUCGGCCCACAUCACCCGAAUCGGAUGAGUCAGACGACGAUCUUCUUCCACAUAAAGGUCGUAAACAAGAUAAAGAAAGCUUAUACGAUUUUUUGAAAAAUACAAGUCCCGAUGAUUAUUUAGGAAAUAAAGCCAAUUUCAAGAACAAAUCCAUGUCAGCAACAAGACGUGUAAAAUCGAUCGAUCAAUUGGAACCUGUACCAGAACGAACACCCACUAGUCCAAAAUAUACGCCUUUAAUCGCCGCUGCAUCCUCAUUGCCCACGUCACCUUUGUAUCCAUCCGGACAAUAUAAGAAUACGAGUGCUGCAUCACCUGGAAGUCCGCUACAUACAAAUAAAUUUGCUUCGGGAUCGAAUUUAAAUCGCUCAAUUAGUAAAGCAUCAUCAUUAUCAAGUUAUAAUGGUAGUAAAAGUGUCGGAAAUCUUGGGCCGAGAUUAUCAGCAACAAAAACGACUCAACGAAAACACCGAGCCCAAGAUCUAAUGGAUUUCUUAGCCACAACACCUCCGAGUGAAAAGACUUCAUUCUCACAAGCUGACCUUCCACCACCAGCUACGAAUGGUGGUAAUAAAAAGGAGAAGAAAAAAUUGAAAAAAUUCUUAUCUCGAUUCAGGAAAGCAUCAUUCUCUGAUGAUCAAAGUCUCUAUGAACAACCGCUGACAAGAAUGUCUAGUGUAAAUAGUUUUGGAUCAUCGAGUACUCAAUCAAUAAGUGCCGCAAAUUCGAGGACAGUUAAACAAAAUAAACAACCUCGGUAUGUGAGAAUCGAGAUUCCUCAGUUACCUAAAACUGAAGAAAAACAAGAGCCAAGUAUUUUCGACCAAGUUGAAAUUCAAGGUCGUCAUGCACGACAAUUUUCCAAAACAAUUUCUUUAAAUUCGCAAAGAAGUGGGCACAGUACACCAAAUAAACCCACAUUCAAUUUAAAUGAACGUAAACCAGCAAUGACACAUACAGCGGUACAUGACGAAGGAUAUGAGGAUACAGAUGAUAAACAUUUAACAGCUCGAAGUUCACAAUUUUCAAUUAUGGCUCAAGCUGGUUCUGGUUUCAAUACUCCAACUCAAGAGUCACACACCAAUAAUGGAACAUCAUCUGAUUCAUUAUUAUAUCAAAAGCAACAAAAUACGUCUUCCGCGCUAAAAACACCUCCACCUUCUCCUUCACGAAAUAUUUCAAAUUCCCCAAGAGCAUCUUCGCCACAGCCAUCACUAUCGUCUUCUAUAUCGGCAACAGCAAUAAAACUGCAGCAACAACAACCAAUUUAUAAUUUACCCACUUCUCAGCAACGAGAUAAUUCUACGCAGCAAACUUCUCAUGAAGACCAAGCGGAAAGAAUAAAAAUUUUGAGCGCGCAAUCAGCGUCGUUUGAAUCAGGACAAUUCAUAUCAAAAGCGAAAUCAAUACCACAUUCUCCAAUAUUAAUUUCCGCGUUACCGACAAAGAUAAAGUCAGCUGGUAUAAUAAAUAAUAUUGAAAACACAAAUAAUCAUCAUAAUCAUGAAACUACAUCAUCAAUUAAUGAAGAUGACGACGAUACCAACAUUAACAAUAAUCAUAAAGCUUCCCAAGAUGUAUCACCGGUAACCAUCACAGUAACACCCGCAGCUCCAAGUCAUUUACGAAAACGGGUUGGUAGAAGUCCAUCAAUUGACGAAGCGGUGAAAAUUGUCGAUGAAGAAGAAGAGGUAGAGCAAGUGGACGAAAAAGAAACAGUAGUGAUUGAAGUGGAUAAAGAGCAAGAGAGAGAAGAAGCGCUCGUAGUUGAAUGGUUAUUGGGUACCGGUUUUGGUUUCAAGAACAAUAUUACAUAUCUCGAUGUUGUAGAUAUCGAAGAUGGUGGUGUAACAGACGAGGACGAAUAUGUUGAAGCUGUUGAUGAUGAUUUCAUUAUGGAUAGUAUGGAUCACUAUCGAUAUUCCGGGACUAGCAUCAAUGCAUUAUAA